AUGCACGUCGUCAUUGUUCUCGCUCGCUGCCGAGGAGAGUAUCUCAGGCGCCUGCAAACCCCCCUCUGCAAUCAGCUACUACGGGGAACGCCCCCCUACGACCGCCCGCCAUACCAAAGCGGCCCUCCUCCCCCCGAGAGACCUCCCUACGACCGUCCCCCAUAUGACAGGGGAUACGACCGCCCCCCUCCCCCAGACAGAUACCCCUCCGGGCCUCCCCCGCCAGAGCGUCCGCCCUACGACCGCCCCCCCUACAGCGGCGACCGCGGCUUCGAUCGUCCUCCCUACAACAGCCCUCCUCCCUCCGCGCGUCCUCCCCCCGUCCCUCCCCCGCCUCUUCCUGCCGGCUGGGCCCAGGAAUGGGAACCCAACGCCCGUCGCGCGUACUUCGUUGAGAUCCCUACCGGCCGUUCCCAGUGGGAGUACCCCUACGGCGACGACUCGAGGGAUCUGCCUCCCCCUGGCCCUCCGCCGCCGGCUGGGUACUACAGCAGCCCCCCGCCACCCCAGGAUGGCUACUACUCCCCUGGUCCGCAGGGUGACCCGCAGGGUAUCAGUCCCGAGGAGCAGAAGAAGAAGGAUAGGAAGAACAUGAUGCUGGGUGCAGCGGGUGGUCUGGCCGUGGGUGCGCUGGGCGCGGCGUUUAUUACGCAUGAGAUCGACGAACACAACGAAGACGAACGCCGCGAAAUCGAAGAGGAGCAGUUCCAGCAGCCGCCUGUCUUCCAGGAGGAGGUCAUUGUCGAGCGCGAGGACCCUCCUGAGUUUGAGGCCUACGAGGAGGAUAACUGGUAGUGGUAGUGGUAGUGGUAGUUGUGUCUGGAUUGGGAAGAUAAAUGGAUGGCUCCAGUGCUGGUCGGUUUCGGGUUGUCUAUCUAUCCAUCCAUCUACUUGCAUUUUCGGGAUCUAGCAUAGUGUAUCAAUUGAUUGAUUUGACUGCAUAGCUUUGAUGGAGUGGUUGGAUAAUUUGCAAUCAUUACAUCAUGAUCGUGUGGAGUACUGUAGGAAACUGGUCUAGGUU